AUGUUCCUGUCCAUGCUGACCGCGGACGCUGCCGCACAGCAUGGCCACGAGUUCUCCGCCCCGCGCACGCCCUCUCCCCUUCAUCCCACCUCUCCUCCCCCUCGUUCUCCAUUGAACGUCCUCUCCUCGACCGUCCGCCAGCAGAGACCGCAGGUCACCCCGCUCCCCGCCAGGAAAAGCAUUAGCGUCGACGGCCGACCCUCGCAUGCCUCGUCCAGGAAGUCCAUCAUGUUCGCCCUACCCCCGGAGAGCAGCGCGUCGUCGUCACGUCCGCCUUCGAUCCGUAGCACCACCACCACCUCGACCGACGACCGCUCGCGCAAGCGACCUGCGCGUCCCAAGACGAACUACGCUCUCGCCCACCCGCCUCCACGUGUAGGCCCGUUGCACCUCCGCCCCAAGGUCCUCCUUCAGCUACACCAGUCCUCGGCGAACUCGAGGCCAAAGCCCGCUUUCGAGGCCGUUCCUUCAACCACCUUCGCCCCCAGGCUAAAACGUAAGUUCCGUAGAGUAUUCAAGCAUAGGGACAGGCUGGGUCCAGACGAUGUGGUGGUUGUGAGGGCUGGGGACUACGGUGGUGCAGACGACCAUAGCGAUUCCGAUGAGGACCUGGAUGCUCGUGAAGUCAUUGGCGUUGUCUGUUUCAACAUCAGAGACGAGCGGACGGAGAUUUGUAUGGACGAUGACACUGUGUGGGAGGCGACCUUCAUGCAGAACGGCGGUUACGAGUUUGUCGCUACCGACGAGCACGGCCUGCAGUCCAAGGCAAGAUGGGUACCCAAGGCUCAAGGAAAACGGAAAUCUGCCAAUGGUUCGCAACUUGAUAAUGCUGCUGAGGAUCGAAAGUUCACCUUCAGCACCAUCAGCCCGGAUCGCCGGCGGCAUCCUGUUAUUGCCACCAUGACAAAAGCUGGCAUUGAUGUCUGGGAUCAGUACUCGAUACCGCCUCAGACCAAUGUCGCCUCUCCACUUUCGCCUACUUUCAGCGAUGCAGCGGCAUCUCAGAGCUUGACCGACAGCUCUGAGCCUCGCCCUCUGCUGACUACGGAUGAAACUCUGAGGAAAUUCAUCCUGGUCAGUGCCAUCUGGGUCGCAUUUCGAGAGAAAUGGUCGACUGUCUUCCGUUAUCAAAAGCCGGGCCGCGAUCGGGACAGUGUGCCGGCGUCACCCCUGUGCGGCUCACCAAUCAUGCCUUGUGCUCCUAUACGUACCGUCAGCAUGGCCAGCAUGAAUGGCAGCAUGUCGAGGUCUAGCUCUCCCGGUAUCCCGGACAACCAAAGCGAAAAACACCACAGCCUGAGGAGCGUUUCCAGGAUGUUGUUGCACCGGAACAGCGCGCUGGCAGCGCUCAAUGGCGAAUACAAUGCAUCCGACUCGACACCUCCGUCCACUGCCAAAACCUCGAGCAGCACUCGCUCUCGUCGCGCAAACUCCACCGGAACCGCCUUCAUGCAGCGUGCAUCCAGUAAAAGGAACCCGAAACGACACAGCAGUGGCCCGAAAGGGAUGUCAGGAUCGGCCGGGCAAGACAUGUAUAGGAUCAACACGGACGAAGAUACCGACCGUCCCCAUCGAUUCACCGUUACCGAAGCUGCCCACAUCAUGCUCCCGAUGAUCGAAGACCGCACUCCCAAGAACUCGGGAGAAUACGCUUCAUCUUUGGCAUCCAGCAACGAUGAUGAACCAACGCCGCGCCAAGCGUCAAAGGAGAGGGAUCUGAGGCCGCAGCGAGCAACCCUACAAGUUCCGCCGACGUACUUGCAGGCGAAUCAUUCGACUUCUGGUCGUAGCGAUGGUGCAGUUGAAGCCCCUACACGAGAUCUUGAUCUUACACGGAGCAAGAGCACGAAAGAAAGGCCGAAGCCGCGUCAAUCUGUCUUGCCCGUAGCGCAGUCUCGGUAUUAUGUGAAUGGAAACGAAGACGGAUACACCAGUGAAGUGAAACUCCCUCUGGAAACUGGAAGGGCAUAUGACGAGGAGAGGGGAAGCAAGCAGAAGAAGAGAAUGAGCGUCAGGGGCUUCUUUCAAAGAAUUAAGAGCAAGCGAGGAAAGAAUUGA